UUUUCGCCAUCCCUACGACGACGCAUUUUUAUCAAUAUUAUUGUAAAUUUGUAUAAACCUGUAUUAAAACUUAUUUUUUAAAGGAAUCUUAAGCCGGGAAAUUAGUAAGAGAUGUCCAUAGAAAUCGAAUCUGCCGAUGUGAUUCGGCUCAUCCAGCAGUAUCUUAAGGAGUCCAACCUUAUGAAGACCCUGCAAACGUUACAGGAGGAAACAGGCGUCUCCCUGAAUACGGUGGACAGCGUGGAUGGCUUUGUGCAGGACAUCUCCAACGGGCACUGGGACACCGUGCUAAAAGUGACCCAGUCCCUCAAAUUACCGGAUAAGAAGCUGCUCAAUCUGUACGAGCAAAUAGUCCUCGAGCUGAUCGAGCUCAGAGAACUCGGCGCAGCAAGAUCUCUGCUCCGCCAAACGGAUCCCAUGACCAUGUUGAAGCAGCAGGAGCCGGAACGAUACAUCCAUUUGGAAAAUAUGCUGCAGCGCGCUUACUUCGAUCCCAGGGAAGCCUAUGCGGAGGGGAGUAGCAAGGAGAAGCGGCGCACGGUCAUUGCCCAAGAGCUGAGUGGCGAGGUGCAUGUGGUGCCCUCCUCCAGGCUCUUGGCACUCCUGGGACAGGCUCUUAAAUGGCAACAGCACCAGGGACUCCUUCCGCCCGGCACCACCAUUGAUUUGUUCCGCGGAAAGGCGGCGAUGAAGGACCAGGAAGAAGAAAUGUAUCCCACCCAGCUGUUUCGACAAAUCAAAUUUGGCCAAAAGUCGCACGUUGAGUGCGCACAGUUCUCGCCGGAUGGUCAGUAUCUGAUAACGGGCAGUGUGGACGGUUUCCUUGAGGUGUGGAACUUUACCACCGGCAAGGUGAGAAAGGAUCUCAAGUACCAGGCGCAGGACCAGUUCAUGAUGAUGGAACAGGCGGUGCUGGCGUUGAACUUUUCACGAGAUUCCGAGAUGGUGGCAUCGGGCGCACAGGAUGGCCAAAUCAAGGUGUGGCGCAUCAUCACCGGUCAGUGUUUGCGUAAAUUCGAGAAAGCCCACACCAAGGGAAUCACCUGUCUGCAGUUCUCGCGAGAUAACAGCCAGGUUCUCAGCGCGUCCUUUGACUACACGGUUAGGCUGCAUGGGCUAAAGUCAGGAAAGAUGCUGAAGGAGUUUAAGGGGCACUCCUCCUUCGUGAACGAAGCCACCUUUACGCCUGACGGACACAGCGUGCUCAGCGCAUCUUCCGACGGCACAGUAAAGGUUUGGUCCCUUAAAACGACCGAGUGCGUGGCCACGUACAAGCCCCUUGGCAACGAGUUGGCCGUAAACACAGUCCUCAUCCUGCCUAAGAAUCCCGAGCACUUCAUUGUCUGCAACAGAUCCAACACGGUAGUCAUUAUGAACAUGCAGGGCCAGAUUGUGCGAUCCUUCUCGUCGGGUAAGCGCGAGGGCGGAGCCUUUAUCUCAGCCACUCUUUCGCCGCGAGGAGAGUUCAUAUACUGCGCUGGAGAGGAUCAGGUGCUUUACUGCUUCUCCGUCUCGUCCGGCAAACUUGAACGUACUUUGAACGUUCAUGAAAAGGACGUCAUUGGCCUGACACAUCAUCCGCAUCAAAAUCUGCUGGCCAGCUACAGUGAGGACGGCCUGCUGAAGCUUUGGAAGCCCUAGACCAUAUAAGCAAUUGACUUUCACACCUAGUUAGUUUUAGUUGGUGGUCUUAUUUGAGCUGCCGAAAUAUACCUACUGACCCCAAA